UGUUACGCCCCCGGAUAAUCGUCGAAACUCAUACCCACUUACAACAGCUUCAUCAGUCAACGCUGUCAGGAGAGGAACCAAACAUUGAACCAAGCGAUAUAUAAGCAAAAAGGAAACCAAAGAUAUCCGAUUCAAAGAUGCUGCAACUACUACCCGCGCAGAACCUCUUCAACUACUUUCUGCUGCUCCUUGCCGCACUUUCAGCCACCAUCUUCUUCUCCAACGCAAAGGACGAGCCAAAUUUCGAAGACGACGAUUCCAUGUAUGCCUUCUAUGGUGGCGCGAAGAGAUACCGGGGCCCUCGGCCAGGAAUCAAGCGAGUAGCCUUUGACAUUUAAGGGGAUGAUUUAGUCUCAAACAAGUGGCAAGGAAUUUGAUCUCGA